GAGGGGGUGACCCGCUUAGUGAAGGCAUUUUUAGUUGACACUAUCACCACUUGGAGCGCUGUAAGUUAAGAGUGCUAUCUCGCUGCGCUAACUUCGUGAGCGGCUGUCAUUGCGGAGUUAAUGAUAAUUUAUAUAGAAGGUUAUCGCAAUUUGGUCAUUGCAAACUUGGGUUUACCCAGCGAAAUAUAGUGUAACAAGCGCACAAAGUCGUAGUGAAUUAACAAUGACAAAGUAUUGUGUCGUGCCGAAAUGCAAGACUGGAUGCAAAAGUGUCGCAGUGAAGUGUUCAGUUUUUAAAGUGCCAAAAUGCGACGAAUUGCGUAAAAAAUGGAUAUCUGCAAUCCCUGGCAUAAAGGACCUGAAACCCAACCAAUGCGUAUAUGAAAAACAUUUUGAUAAAGCAAGUAUAAUAAGGGAGCUCGUAAUGCGCGAUGCACAAGGAAACGUGGUAACCGAGGCUAAGUACCUACGAACUCGUUUAUCUAAAUCUGCUGUGCCCACGAUUUUCUAUGAGUUUUCCUCGACUACGUUAGUUUCCAAGGACGAGGAUUUGCAGGAAGAAAAGUUGGGUGUAGAUGCUGCGAGUAAUGGAUCGCUUAACUCAGACGUGCAUUAUACACUAUCAAAAUCCAUCGAAAUCACAUUGCCUAUUCCACAGUCUGUUGAUGUGACAACCGAUGACAUUGACGAGUUUUUGCUCUCUGAAAGCACGAAUGUCAAUACAGAGAAUUUGAGUGCAAUUGAUUGCCAGCAAAGCAAAAAAGAAACAAAUGGUUUCACUGAUUGUGAGAGAAUAUCGGACUCGGUUGACCUAAAGCUCAUGAAAAGUAUCAGCAUGGCGUCGUACAAAGAUUCGUUAAUCACAAUACCAAAGUCGUGGAGUUUCACCGAGUCGUACAGAGGAACAAAACGGUAUUUGAUAUUCUCACACGUACGGUUGAUGACCAAUAAUGACACAGAUGGUCCUAUUAUAGACAAAAGUGUCAUAAUCGACGACGUAGACGGCACAAUUGAUUACAAGAUUUUUGGAAAAUCGGUCGACAUUCAAGAAAUUAAGAUCUUGCAAAAUAUGAACGAUGUAACGUCGCUACAUGCCGUUUUGUCGAAAUUCGAAAGCAUGCCAGUUUGUCAAGGAGUUGGUCCAGUUGAAGAAUGUCUUAUUCAACGAGACAUCGCGUAUCGAACUUCUUGCAAUGUUUGGCAUCAUACCGAUUGUGAAUUAACCACCAAAACGAAAAGGUGCAAACGUUGCACAAUAUUGAAAAACACGUUGCUGCAAAAAAAGGCACGUUUUAAAAAGCGUGAUCAAGUAAAAAGAGUCGUGGGAACCACAAAUCCAAUUGAUCUUAAGAAAAUAAAUGCCUUGAGAAAAAAAUUGAGCGUAACGCGUCGAAUGAAAAAUCGAUCAAAAAUUCGAAUCGCCUUAUUGCAAGAUCAGUUUAUCUCUAAACAAAACGAGCUGGCAAAUAUUCAGGACGAAACAUUGGAGAAAAAAUGUGUUUCCUUGAAUAUACCAAAAACAAUGCAAAAUACGUUGAUGGAAAUAAUAACUUCAGCAAAAACCUAUAAGAGAGGUCACCGAUAUUCAGAAGAAUGGAUAAUGCUCUGUAUGUUAAUGAACAUACGUUCGCAUGAAUAUUACGAAUUUUUACGUAAAAACAACGUUAUCCCAUUACCGUGCACCCGAACUAUUCGAAGUUAUUUUACAAAUAUCAACACAAAAUGUGGCUUCGAUAGCAAUUUCUUACAACUGCUCAAAAAAAGUUUUGCUUCCAAAAAACCGAUGCAACGCCACGGAGUUUUGUUGCUCGAUGAAAUCAAUCUCCUAAAAUCGAUUUCUGUAUGCUCGAAAACCCUCACCUAUUCUGGAUUAGUUGAUUUUGGUGACGAAGGACCUCAAGCGACGAGUAUAGAGGAUCAAGCGACUCACGGACUUGUGUUAAUGUUUCAACCACUCGCAGACACCUACACGCAGCCAGUGGCAGUCUUUGCAUCAAAAAAUCCCGUGAGGGGCGACGAACUAGCAAAAAUAGCAGUUAAAGCAAUCGUUCUGUUGGAGGAAUCUGGGGCCAUAGUGCAUGGAAUUGUUUCCGAUGGAGCUGCGACAAAUACGAAGAUGGGAAAAAAUCUGGGUAUAAAAAGCACGAUCAAUGAGACUCGAAUAUGGUUUACCCAUCCCUUGGAUAAUGAUCGCCGCGUGUUUAUAUUCUCUGACGUUCCUCAUCUUGUCAAGAAUGUGAAAAAUCGUUUAUACAACAAGAAAAUACUACGAAUGAACGCAAGGAAUGAUCCGAUCAAAUGGGAAUAUUUUAAAACUCUACACAAAUUGGACAGUAACCAAUUAGGAAACGCUCGAGCAUGUCCUCGGCUGACUUUGAGACACGUAGAAUUAGAUAGCACAGCUAAAAUGCGUGUUAGGCUCGCAACACAGAUAUUCAGCAAUUCAGUGGCGAAUGGGCUUCAGUUAUACGUAUCUGAAAAGUGUCAAGAAUUAAAAGGCUGUGAAGCGACUAUUGAGUUUUGUAAGCGAAUGAACGACUUGUUCGACGCUCUAAAUCGGAAAGUUCAGAAUCAAGGAGUUACUUCUAAUUCUUACGAUUUCCAGGUUCUGCGAAGUUCAAUACAAUGGCUGAACGACUGGGAGACCGCUCAAAUUAUGGGGGAAAUUAACGAGCAUGAGUUUUUGACUCAGGAGACCGCAAGAGGUCUUCGUUUGUCACUCCAAUCUACGAUGGAUUUAUGUCAGUAUUUGGAGGCGCGCUACGAUUUCAAAUAUCUAUUAACUGGGAAAGUGAACUUGGACAAUUUGGAGAACUUUUUCGGCACCAUCCGCCAAGCGGCGGGUUGUAAUGACCAUCCGACUUGUUCGACUUUUCUGCACAUAUACAAAUUACUUUCGAUAUAUAGUAUUUUGAAGCCGCCGAAGUACGGAAAUUGUACUGUAUCUGAACCUGAGCAAAAGAUACUAAUUAUAGUAAAUGACUUCAAAGAGAUAAGCGGAAAACCGGAAUCAAAAAUGACACAAAGCCGUGAAAAAAUAAGAAAUAGGUUGGACGAGAUUUUAAACAGCGAAUACGUCGAAGAUCAAAAUAUUUUCGCAGACGACCAUAACUACACCCUUCCUAGUGUUGUCGAUUGUAUCAUUUAUUAUGCAACAGGUGAUGCUGGAAUCUUUGGAUCAAGUCGGUGAAAAAUAAUAAAACAUUCUUCAAGAUUACAUGUACGAUAAUAUUGGGCAUUUACUAUGCCCAUGACUUGGUAUCCGGUUACGUAAAAUCGCUACGUAUGCAAACAAGUUUUGCGGUGCUAUGGUGAAUGUGUAAAUUGUCAUGCAGCGUUAAUACAAGAUCCCAACAAUCACAGUUCGCUUUCGAAAUUGGUCGACCUUAAAUCAAACGGAAGGCUGAUUCAUCCUAACACAACCUUUUUUAAACUGAUACGUUUUAUCGAGGAUUGUUUUUCUAAGCAUGCUGCAAGCAAACAUGUCUUUGAUGAAACAAUAGAUGAAGUUUUGGACUCAUACAUUUUUUCAUUCCCGUGCAAAACACAUGCCUCACAUCUCCUGUCAUACA